AUGGAUUCCGACCUGCGUACCUCGCGCCCGUUAGGGUCGACUAUCGGGAUCGUUGAUGAAGCGCAGGGCCUAUCGCAGCUUAGCCACUUCCACCCCGACGCGCAACCCUUCGCGUCCUUCCGUUCCGUCGACAAUGUCGACCCGCACCAGCCUCUACAAAAUGCGACGCAGAACGCCAUAGCUUUGGAAAGUAAUGCGCAAGCUGCUACAGGCGAUGGAAUACAUUUACUGCAGUCGGACCCGUCUUUUCAGCAGCCAAAUUAUGGUGGGCUGGCACCGGACACAACUGCCUCUACGAGCUUUGCGGGACAAUUACAGGGCAAGCUGAUUCCGGAUCCACCUGAUUUGGAGUACUGGAGGGAUAGACUGUUCCAUGUGGACGAGACAAUCACUUUGAGUGAAGAACAAUUCCAGACCUAUUUCCCUCACGUCGACAAUGUCUACUCCCACCGCUCUACUCAACGCUAUAAGCGCAGACCGUUCGUAUCCCACUACUGGGACUGUCGCCUGAAGGGCCGGCCUCCCGGGACACCCAAGUCCGAAGAUCCGGCUAAGAAAAAGCGCAAACGUACGGCCAGAGAGCGAGAUCUCUGCGACGUCAAGAUCAAGAUCACGGAAUACUUCCCUGGUAGCGGGGUUAUAGACACAACCGGUGGUUUUGAAUCACUGCCCGCUGAGCUCUUGCCUGGAGUGCACACUUUAUUUCCGAUUCAGGGUAACCAGCCAUUUGGUGUGCUCACACCGGGUCCCAAUCUACCGCAAGAUCAUCCCGGGGUGACUGGAGCGCGGUAUUUCACAAUCCAACGGGUUAAUGGAAAUGGCGCCAAUGGGAAAAAUGAAGGUGUGGGAGGUGGUCAUCGACAUACACUCGAGGAUAGCGAUCGAGUCAAGAAGAAUAGUGUCCAGAGACACUUUAUGAAGGAAGACAAAGAGAGGAAAAAGUCCGUGUAUCGAGCCAUGGCCGACGAUAGCCAGACGCAGAAGUCAUAUCACACCAAAGCGACUGGCUUGGCCGCCGCUACAGCGAUUAGCCAUUCACCCGAGUCGAACCUCAAGCUGUAUGGCAGCUGCUUUUGCCCUUUCGUGCAGCGUGUCUGGAUCUCACUUGAACUGAAAGGCAUACCUUAUCAGUAUAUUGAAGUAGAUCCGUAUAAAAAACCACAAUCCCUGCUGGAGGUCAACCCGCGGGGUCUUGUGCCAGCAUUGCGGCACGACGAUUGGGGAUGUUAUGAAAGCACAGUGCUUAUGGAAUAUCUCGAGGACCUGGAUCUCGGCCAGUCGCUUAUGCCCGCAGAUGCGAAGUUGCGCGCCCACUGCCGGCUAUGGGCAGACCAUAUCAAUCGGAAUAUUGUGCCAAACUUCUACCGGGUCCUACAGGAGCAGGACCAGCAGAAACAGAUCGAAAAGGCACAGGAGCUUCGAAACGCGUUCAAUCAGUUGAUUGCAGCUGCGCAUACUCGUGGGCCAUUUUUCAUGGGAUCGCAAAUUUCCUUCGUGGACAUUCAAGCUGCCCCAUGGGUCCUUCGGCUCCGUCGCGUAUUGAAGCCUUACCGAGGUUGGCCAGAUACCGAGGAAGGAACAAGAUGGGCAUCAUGGGUGAAUGCCAUCGAGACUAAUGAGCAUGUACGAGCAACGACCAGUACAGAUGAGCUCUAUCUCGACAGCUAUGAACGUUAUGCAGGUGAGUGUCCCUUGAUCAACCCGACGCCAGGCCGCACGGCGCUGACACGUGUGACAGAGAACCGCCCGAACACGUCCCAGGUUGCAAAUGCAAUUAAUUCGGGACGCGGACUUCCUUGA